AUGGCCGACGUCGCCCCUCCUCCUCUCCAAGAAAGACUGGACUUUUGGGGAUCCGGCACUACAACCGUUGCAUAUCCUGUGGCAUCGUCCUCAUCCUCGCCUCCAGAUCUAUCCUACUCCUCGUCCUCGUCGUCCACCUCUCCCUUCUCACCCUUUUCCGCCACCUUCUCCCCCACAUCGCCCUUUUCUUCUACCUUCGACCCGUACGCCUCGUACGCUCCCUUCUCCCCCACCACAGCCUCCGCCACCUCGGCCGUCACAAUGACCGACAUUAUGUCCUACCAAUACCCUGCGCCGCCCGCCAGCGGCGGCAGCACUACCCACAUGGCCCUCUCGCCUGCCGGCUACCACGUGUCCAUGGCCGCCGCAGAUUACGCCAACGGGCUCCCCCAGACCUCCUCUUCCUCAGGACUCGGCCAAGAACCGCACUCGUCUCCCCGCGAACGCCGCGAUUCCUUGUCAAAGAGUAGUACUGUGAAUAUGAAGCUGAAGCGAUCCGUGUCCACCCCAGUUGUUGCACCUCAGCAAGCACAAGACGCAAAUAUGAGCAUGGCUCAGCAACAGGGCCUCUCGCAGCCCGAUCACGCGGCAAUCAGCUUGGCCGCUGAGAAGAGAAGAAACAAACUUGGCUAUCACAGGACGUCGGUAGCAUGUGGAGAAAAGAAAAAGGAAUUCAAAGAGUACGCGGGGAGGAAAGGAACUAACCAGCUAGGCCACUGCCGGCGCCGCAAGAUACGGUGCAUUCCCUCACCCGCCGACAUCCAAGGCCGCUGUGUCAACUGCAUCCGUCUCAAGAAAGAAUGCAGCUUCUACCCAGUCGACCAGCAGCCGCCACCAGACACCCGCAAAAACUCCACGUCACGCUCUUCGGUAGGCCACCACCAUCACCAUCUUUCAUCAGCAGCAGCAUCAGCCGCAUCCGCUUCAGGCUCUGCACCACUCAUGCCCGCACCUACACAACUACCACUGCCUUCGCUGGCAAACCUCCCGAACCCCGACCCUCGCGGCCGACCGCAGCAGAACACUCAACCGCUGACCAUGCCUUCGAUCCAGACUAUGGCACCCCCGUCCAUGAAGCCGUCCGGUGGGGAGCCGUUUUCACCUGACCCGAAACUGUCUGGAAGGCAGUCUUUUGAUUACUCCCAUGGCGGCAUGACAAACUGGAUGUCUGCAGAUGCCAGUCCCAGCUCGUCGAAACCAGGCGACCUCAACGCUUCAUGGCGAUCUUAUCCUCAGGAAUCGCCCAUCACACCGGCCUUUUCGCCAUACACCACCCACGCCGCACCGCCUUCGGCCACCUGGACAUCUGAUGCCACGGGACGCGGCGGCGAUGACCUCGGCUGGUCGUACCCUCCACCACCGCCACGCUCACUGUCCUUUGGUUCGGACACUAUGGGCAGCCACCACGGCCAGCACCAGCAACAGUCCUACCCGUCCAUCUCGCAAAUGACCAGCGGACACCACUCUCACAGCAGCAAUGGCGGCCACCGCUCCUCAUCCUCGUCUUACGAUCGCAAGUCCAGUGCCGCCGCUGCGGCCGCUGCGAUGUCCGACUUGUACCAAUCACCCACGACCAUUCCGGGUGUCGACAGCAUUCCAGGAACAACCCUGGACCACCACGUGUCACUCUCAGCCGGUGCCGUGGGCACGACCGCCUACGCCAACUGGCAACAGCCCUAUUCAUACAGCAAAGACGGCUCGGAUGCGUACGUCGGCUGGGGCGACCACAGCGGAACACCAGCAAGCGAGGGUCAUGCUGCAACAAGCAUGUACUAUACUGGGCGGUAA